AUGGUCGAGAAUAACGAUGGCAUGCUGCGGAUAUUCUGGCCGAACAGUCUCAAUCGGACAACCACACCCGGCGUAAUUGUGGGAUGGAAGAACUCCGAACUGGAUUUUUUUGUCAUAACGGUCCUAGAGGAUGUCGAGGUUCGAAAUGUAGAGUCUGCUCUGCGCAUGGGCAUGCUCUAUCGCAACAGUCCUUAUCCUGUGGCUAGGAUCUUCCAACUCUGCGACCGGUCCGCGAUGCAUGUUCUGGGCACACUCAAUCAUCCAGAUCCACCAGAGACAUUUGAUCCAACAAGACUGUGUGCCUUUACCAUAUCUGGAGCAAAAAGGCCAUAUGUAUACUGUCCAGCGAGCGCAGGGUUGUCGGUACAGAUCGUCCUUUUCGACCCGCCUAAUCCUACUCAGAUGCAAUACAUGUCUCUCACACCAAUAUCCCUGGCUCUCGGUCGAGACCAUUCAUCGGGCAGAGAGCCACUGUAUUCUCCGGAUGAGGUAGAGAUGCAAGAGGAGAGGGAGCGUGAGAGGGUUUCCCAGUUGGUUGACAAGCUCGGUUUCCACUCUGUGGUGAGGCACCAACCAACGCAAAAGGAGCUCGCGUUGAAUGCUAUUCUCCGUCAAAUCAACUGUGCACAGGAAGUGGCUGAUUUGCUGCAAAAAAAUACGCCCCUGGUAGGACCGCGCAGAAAGAGGAGCCUCUCAGUUAGUGAAAGGGUCGUGGAGUCGGCCCAGUCUCUCUACGCCUUUGCUGCGUGGUCUGUGUGGACACUAUUCAUGAACUACGCCUUUCCGACACUGUUAUACUUGUUCAAGAUUGCAAUCAUUGGGCAUCGCAUCCUCGCUGAAGGUGUUUUGCAAAUACUCGAAUGGCCAUUGCCAUUGCAAAGACUUCAGCUUCCAGAAAGCCGACGAUCUUUGAGCGGGACGGUUGCCCUAAAGGAUAUCUCGGCCUGCUGCCAACAAGUCCAUUUGAGACUUCAGCAAUUCUCCUAUCACCCAACACAGUAUUCCCUCUUGCGGCGGCGCCACGCGACAUGGUCCUCUUUCCCGACUACAAACAGCGAUUACAUUCGUUUCUACAACUCUCUGUGGCUGGUUGCGAACGACGUUAUUAUUGGCAUCGCGCUGGGAAGUUUCCUCUCGGACAAUGCUCAAACCACUUCGCAGUUCAUCGGAGGAGUACUCGAUGAAUAUACAAUCGAAGGGCUCAGACGAAUGAUCAGAUGGCUCAUGUCCUUCCCUGGUGGCCUUAAAUUGAACACGGAGCUUGCUGCUUUCUUGGGUGAUUUGUUUUUGUGGGUCAUUGAAUACUGGUCUUCGACGACAGUCAUGCUCAUUCUACCCCGAUUACCUACGAUCGUGUACUUCAUUGGAUGUUCCUCCUUCGCCGGGGCCAGUAUGCCUAUCGCCAUUUUUUCGGACCUUCUCAGUUUGAUGACGAUACACGUAUAUUCGUUCUAUGUGGCAAGCGCACGCAUAUUCAAUUGGCAGCUCACCAUUAUCGUCAGUCUUUUUCACCUGUUCCGUGGCAAAAAGCGCAACGUCCUACGCAAUCGAAUCGACAACUGCGACUAUGAUCUCGACCAGCUACUUCUCGGUACAAUUCUGUUCACCUUGUUGUUUUUCCUCCUGCCCACCGUCGUGGUUUUUUAUUUGACCUUUGCCUCGGCUCGAAUGGUGAUAAUUUCGUUGAAAGCAACUCUGGACACCUGCCUGGCUUGUCUCAACCACUUCCCCCUCUUUGCGCUGAUGCUAAGGAUUAAGGAUAGCAAGAGGCUGCCGGGAGGAGUGCAUUUUCGGCUCUUGGAUGUAGAGCAAUACAGACUUCGGUGGCAGGAAGAGGAGGAACUUGCUACCAGCGAGGAGGAAGGGGAAGGAGAUGAUGACGAGCAGCCUGAGCAGUUCAGUUCUAGCUUCGCCUACAUUCGCCUCUCAUCGACUCCAUUGUCACUGCGACACAUCUUUGAGCAAUAUUUUCAGCUCUGGGCACGAAUACGCCAGCAUUAUCUUUCACCGAAGGUGAUCUUCAGACUCCUGACAGGACGCUUUGUGCCGCCUUUGGGAAGGAGCGAAAUGUAUGGGCUACAGUAUUCUGUCCUUCCACGAGAGCGCGCCACAAUUUCCGAGGUAUGGAAGAUUCUGAGUGAGACCAUGACAGUUGGCGGUGCAUCAUCGAGCAGGAGCCCUGCACAAUCACGGAUCCAAAAAGCAGAUUUGGGCCCGUAUGGUGGAGUCAUUGGCAAGCGAUGGAGAUGA